CCUACAUAAUCCAUCACAAUGGAGGAGGAAGUUGCUGCCCUCGUUAUCGACAAUGGGUAAGAUAUAACCUCGCUUCACCGCAUCCCGAAGCGCACCUCGUUGCCUGGUGGUGGUGGUCAUCUACAUAGAUCCGAUCACCAUCCAGAAAAAAAGCAAAAAAAAAGAAGAAGAAAAAGCUUCAAUAUGAAUUUCGAAAUAAAUAAUGUUAGAAUACUCGAGCUGACUCUGUCCCUAGUUCGGGUAUGUGCAAGGCCGGUUUCGCCGGUGACGAUGCUCCCCGAGCUGUUUUCCCGUCCAUCGUUGGUCGUCCCCGCCACCAUGGUAUCAUGAUUGGUAUGGGUCAGAAGGACUCGUACGUCGGUGAUGAGGCACAGUCGAAGCGUGGUAUCCUAACCCUGCGAUACCCCAUCGAGCACGGUGUCGUCACCAACUGGGAUGAUAUGGAGAAGAUCUGGCAUCACACGUUCUACAACGAGCUGCGUGUGGCUCCCGAGGAGCACCCCGUUCUGCUCACUGAGGCUCCCAUCAACCCCAAGUCUAACCGUGAGAAGAUGACGCAGAUCGUCUUCGAGACUUUCAACGCUCCUGCAUUCUACGUCUCCAUCCAGGCCGUCCUGUCUCUGUACGCUUCCGGUCGUACCACUGGUAUCGUGCUCGACUCCGGUGAUGGUGUUACCCACGUUGUCCCCAUCUACGAGGGUUUCUCCCUUCCCCACGCCAUUGCCCGUGUCGAUAUGGCCGGUCGUGACUUGACGGAUUACCUCAUGAAGAUUCUCGCUGAGCGCGGUUACAGCUUCUCCACCACCGCCGAACGAGAAAUCGUCCGAGAUAUCAAGGAGAAGCUCUGCUACGUCGCUCUCGACUUCGAGCAGGAGAUCCAGACUGCUGCCCAGAGCUCCAGCUUGGAGAAGUCCUACGAGCUUCCCGACGGUCAGGUCAUUACUAUUGGCAAUGAGCGAUUCCGUGCCCCUGAGGCUCUGUUCCAGCCUUCCGUCCUGGGUCUUGAGAGCGGUGGUAUCCACGUCACCACUUUCAACUCCAUCAUGAAGUGUGAUGUCGAUGUCCGAAAGGACCUCUACGGCAACAUCGUUAUGUCUGGUGGUACUACUAUGUACCCUGGUCUCUCCGACCGUAUGCAGAAGGAGAUCACCGCCUUGGCCCCGUCGUCCAUGAAGGUCAGGAUCAUCGCUCCCCCUGAGCGAAAGUACUCGGUCUGGAUCGGUGGUUCCAUCUUGGCUUCUCUAUCCACCUUCCAGCAAAUGUGGAUCUCCAAGCAGGAGUACGACGAGAGUGGUCCCUCGAUCGUUCACCGCAAGUGCUUCUAAGGUAAUUAACCCCGACGAUAUGUAUUUUGUUCCUUAUUUCUUGGGGAUCUAACAGUUGAAAAAAAAUUAGCUCUUGAAAU